AUGAGUGGGAGCAACUUUGGGGACAGCAUGGGGUGGGGCAACAGCGGGAGGUCGUCGCCGGCGGGGUCCUCCAGGAAGGGCAAGAGGGGAGGCGGCGGCGGCGGCGCCGCCGACAAGCCGAAGCAGCCGCAGCGAGGGCUCGGCGUGGCGCAGCUGGAGAAGAUCAGGUUGCAGAGCGAAAUGGCCGAGUACUUCAGCCCUCUAGGCCAGCAGCCGGGAAGCUUAGUCCACAGAACCGGUAGCCUUAACUUGGAGGAUGCACGGGCGUCCACAUCCUCGCUGUCGUCGUCCCCAUCGUCUCCCUUCCAUGCUACCGCUGUUAGCUCGUCGUCUCAGUUCCCAAUCCAUCCAAAUCUUGCGAUGGCAUAUGGAGAAAGAGGAGACGUACGAUACAGUGAAUUCCAAACUCCCAUCAUCAGAUCACCAAGCAGCAGUAACAUAUAUGGUGCCCCGCAUUACGCACAUCCUAACAUCACAUUGCCACUCUUCGAACCAGAGGAGUCAGCUCGCUUGAAGGGACACCAUGACCGAAGCCACUCGGCAGAUUCGACAAGCAUGAACUCUGACGAUCCACAGGAUGUGGACCUCGAGCUCAAGCUAUGAUCGAUCCUAAGAUGUUCUAAUUCCUCCUCUCCCCCCAGCUUUCCUAGCCCUCUCUCCUGCCAUCUGCUGAGAUAGUUGAUUUUCUUAAUUUUAGUCUCGAUGGUUUUUUUCCUUGUGGUGCAAUAAGAGUUUCUUAAUUGGUGCCACUAGCUAGAACCAAAAGAUUACCAUCUUCUCUGUACUGUAAUGCGCAUAAGAAGAAAGGAAUAGUGAUAUGAUGCACAUUUUUUUAAAAACAAGACGUUAUGGGUGUGGGAAUCUCUGCUGAUA